AUGCGCAGACCAGGUUUGUUUGACCACGGACAGCGCAUGUCAUUCCUGACGUCAUAAGCCGGAAGUAGUGGAAAGAAGGUUGUAAAAUGGCUCGCAGUUUGUUGUGUGGAGGCGUUUCUGUGUUUCAGUUCAGCAGGAGGAUACCGCUGCUGUCCGCUUCUCGGUGUUACUCCCAGUCGGAACCGGAACCGCUGACUCUGAGGGAACAGAAGCACGGAAUCAGGAGGAUCAUUUUAAACAACCCUAAGAAGAGGAACGCUCUGUCCUUGUCCAUGCUGGAAACCCUCCGAGAAAACAUCCUGCCUGACGUUGAUGGCGAAGAUCUCAGAGUCAUCAUCAUAUCAGCCAAAGGUCCGGUGUUCUCGUCGGGACACGACCUGAAGGAGCUGACGUCCACGCAGGGCCGAGAAUACCACACCAAGGUGUUUCAAACCUGCUCAGAGGUGAUGACUCUGAUACAAGACCUCCCUAUUCCAGUGAUCGCCAUGGUGAACGGCGUUGCCACGGCAGCCGGUUGCCAGCUGGUUGCCAGUUGUGACAUUGCAGUUGCGACUGAGAAAUCCACCUUUGCCACUCCAGGCGUCAACGUGGGUCUGUUCUGCUCGACGCCGGCGGUGGCUGUGGGCAGAGCGGUGCCAAGAAAGGUUGCCAUGGAGAUGCUGCUGACAGGGUCUCCUAUCUCAGCCCAUGAUGCCCUGUUGCAUGGCCUGAUUAGCAAGGUGGUGCCAGAGGAGCGGUUGGAGGAGGAGACAUUAGCCAUCGCCCAGCGAGUGUGUCAGUCCAGUCGACCUGUUGUAGCUCUUGGCAAGGCCACAUUCCAAAGACAAAUGGCUCAAGGCAGAGACGCAGCAUAUGCCACUGCCUCCAAGGUGAUGGUGGACAACCUGGCUCUGAGAGAUGGACAGGAGGGGAUCCAGGCCUUCUUAGAGAAACGCAAACCUGUGUGGAGCCAUAAACCUGAGAAAGUUCAUGACUGACCCACUCUGGGAGAGGUUAUGUCUUAGUAAACAUCUUUAUUAGUAUAGAGUGAUCUUUGGUCACUAAUUGAAAUUACCUAUUGGAGCAAUUUGCAGCAUGAUAAAGAGCUAAGUUUAAAUAUUUUUUUAAUUUCACCCAAACAUUACAUCUGUUUUGCCCAGACUGAACUUCAGAACCAUUUUGUGCCUUAAGAGCUGCAGAAACAACCCACUAUUGAUGCUUUUGUAGAAGUUUUACAUUCAUGUUGCUACUUGAAAGACAAAUCAUAGUUUAUCUUGAUUUGACGGUUUUCUGUACUAUCAAAGUUUGAUUCAUGAUGAAAAUAAAUUAAAAACUUCCGUAAUGUUUAACAGCAGAAUAAUCAGUAAAAGUUUGGUAGCAGUAGUUUUCUGAUUGCAAAAAUCACAAAAGCCUGAGGGCUGCUGAAUGUUGUGACACUAAUCAGUGGCAUAAUCAGAACAAUACUUUAUAUGACAUAACUGUAGUAUGCUUAUGCUUUAAUAUAUUUAAUUUAUAAUUGUAAUAUUUGUUUCUGGUGUGUCUGUGCAAUUUUAUGCAGCUGUUCCUGUAAGUAUUGUAAAUUAUACUGUAAUUCAGAAUAAAUUUUUUUUUAGCAACGACAUUUUCCUACUGUCGUUAUUAAAUAUAUGGAUUGUGAUUUGUG